AUGUCUUGGAGCCCAGAUUGUGAGUUUUGGGAGGAGACUACCUUUGAACCUUUCGUGGCCUCUUCUUCAUCAAGCGACCAAUUUCACGAAGACCCUUUCCAAGAUUAUCUCUGCUUCGAUAUGAUUGAGAAGGAGGUAAAUCAAGCACCGGUGAGUUGUAAAAACAAAGAAACCGAGAGCGCAGUGAAGGAAAGAUCAUACAUAGGGGUGAGGAAGAGACCUUGGGGGAAAUUUGCAGCUGAGAUCAGAGACACGACCAGGAAUGGAACCAGAGUUUGGCUGGGAACGUUCGAGACUGCCGAGGAGGCUGCUCUAGCUUAUGACCAAGCUGCAUUCACCAUGAGAGGCAACAACGCCGUUCUUAAUUUCCCUGUGGAAAAGGUGAAGGAGUCUCUGCAACACAUCAAGUAUGGCUGCCGCAAAGGCUGUUCGCCUGCUUUGGCCCUCAAAGAGAGGUUCUACAUCCAAAGAAAAUUGUCGUCAAAGGCAAAGAAAGACAAAGCUAAACAACAAUCGGAGGUGUUGGUGCUGGAGGACUUGGGUGUUGAAUAUCUGGAGCAACUUCUCACCAUAUCUGAUCAAACUACAAGCUAGAUGUAUACUUGUAAUAAUCAAACCUGCAGUUUCACACAGUAUUAAUCACCCUCAUUUCUAUUUAUUAGUCCAUAUAUUAUCCUUCUCCUAUAGGUGGAGGCGCCAUUUAUCUUAUUUUCGUCCCUCUUUCAUUUUGCAGUCAUUUUCUCUUGCUAAUUAUAAGCCCCCUUCCCAGCUCAUCCCAUUCUAUUUGUUGGUGUUCGUUAAGAAAUUUGACAUAUCUGAUGCAGUAGGGACAAAGUAGAAACUAGGGAAAAUUGGUGAAUCAUUCCUGUUUGGAAAUUGUAUUGGCUAGAAAGACCUAAAUUCAAAUAUCGAUACUUUGUGUAUGAAAUCCUUAAAGUACUGAUUAUCAAGUCCUCCUACUGAUUAAAAUCUCCAAACAAGAGAUCUUUUACCAAUUUUUUCUGGAAACUAAUUACAAUGAUUAUUACACCUUCAGCUAAAGCUAGCUGCUCCUUUCAUAGAGCAUCGACUCGACCAUUGCACCCUCCUCAGUGUCUUUGUUCCCACCUAAAACCAUCUUGGCGUCUUCCCUUUCCAAGCCCCAUAAACUUCUUUUAUAUCUUUUCUUCAACUAAAAUGUGACCUUCAUAUUGCAUACAUCUAUUUUUGAAACAGCUUCAAAUCCUUCCCGAGUUUUACCCAAAAAAAGAAAUCAUCACCAGACAUGUCCAUAAAAUGACUAAUUGAUCAGCAAUUUUAAAUGAACCAGACGAUGAGUUUUCGGUUUCCAAUCACAGCGCCUAAAACACAUCUCGAUGCAUCCAUAAUAGAAAUAUCAACAAAACCCGGGGAAAGGAAUGUAUGAAUUAGUUUAGCCAGAAGUAUAUAUGCAAUUACCUUGGAAUUCACUGUUGAAAUCUUCCCACAUAUGUCAGUAUAAAGUUAAAUCAGAUAGUAUUUCAUUCUCCAUUUUCCUCAUGACUUCAGAGACAGUAAACC